CUACAGCUCAUGUCCGCGGUGACUUUAACCCGGGGGAUGGUGUGAAGAUCAGCGAGCUCUGCUCCGGCUCUGGAGAUCAUGUGAUAGCGGUCGGUUCAAGAUGUCUCUUCUCGCAGAGGAACACUUCAGCUCCUUGCAGCUGUUGCUAAAGGCUCCAUCCAAAGACGUAGUGCGACAGCUAUGUACGGACAGUUUCCCGUCCAGGGCACAUGAGUCCCGGGCUCUAAUAGACAACACUGCACAGAUCCUGUCAGUGUCCAGUGCUGAAGCGAUGCAGGUGCUGACAGCGCUUCAUAUGCUCUCACAUCAUGUUGUGUACCACAAUUUAGCAGCACCGGAACAAAUCCUGUCCAUUUUUCCUGACACUUUUCAUCCAAACCUCAAGAAUCUGCUUACGAAGAUCCUCCUGGAACAAAGCACAACAUGGAGAAAUGAAUCUUUGGCCAAUCAGAUCUCUUUACCACAGCUUGUAGAUAUGGAGUGGAGGGUGGACAUGAAGACCGCCUCAGAUUCAGUGAGCCGCAUGGCUGUGCCUACCUGUAUUUUGCACAUGAAGAUUCAGGACUCCCCCCAUGUGAGCGGCAGUUCUUGUGACUCUUCAGUGACUGUGGAGCUGAGCAAAGAAACUCUGGACACCAUGUUGGACGGCCUGGGCCGCAUCAGAGACCAGCUGUCCGCUGUGGCUGGAAAAUAGACCUGGACUGUGAUCCCAUCCAUGUCCAGCUCCACUGAGUGCACAGUGAAAUCUCCAAGGCCCUGUUGAAAAACAUCCAACUCAACUAAAUUCAACAAAUUACUAAUAUUACUAAAUAUUAUAUAUUGUAUAAUCUAUUACUGAUUUGAAAGGCUAAUGUCUUUAACCCCUUAAACCUCAGGCCUAUUAUUCAUCAUCAACAGCUUCAGAUUUACCGAAGUGCCAACUUUCACAAACUUGUCCUUUAAUGCACAUCUCUUUCUUACCUGUGUGGUGCUGAGGAUCUGUCGCACAUUCUCCUCCUGCUGUGCGUGGCGUGUCAGUAUGAAGAGGAAGCCCCCACCUCCUGCCCCCGCUAGACUUUGCCCUAAUGUCAGUGGUUGAAGAGCAUUCAUCAUGGUUCUCACCGCAGCUGGUUCACAGCCUGGAGCCAUUGCCUUCUUCUGCUGCCAGUACCGCUCUAUGCAGGCGCCCACUCCAGAGAGGGACCCUGAAAGUGUGAAUGAGAGUGUGAGUGAGUGUGUGAGUGCAUAUGAGAGAGAGAGAGAGCUUUCCAGUCAGCCCUUUCUAUUAACUAGCACAGCACAUCUCAAUGUGCAUGCAUUACGCAAGGACAUUUAAGCAAGGAAGUCUGCAGUGUGGCCUCUACAUUGACCUUUUCUCAAAGGCAAUCAAAGAACUAAAACUGCUAGGUGAAUUAGAGUCUUAAAGAAAUGGCCAAGUCAGUCAGUUCAAGCAGGAACAAUUUUCAUGCAAAUAAAAAAAAACAUGUCAAAAGCA